AUGAAUUCUUUAGUAAAUCAUUCGACAACAGCAAGUGACUUUAAUAAGUCAUUGGAUGAACUGUUGAAUUUCGCUGAGAGUCUCAAACUACGCGAAAAAGAGCUCGAUCAACAACAUAAAUUAGAACUAGAGAAGCAAAAAGUAGAAUACGAGACUCAAGUUCAAUUCGAGAAGAAACAGGUUGAGCAAUUACAAGAAAUCAAUCGUUUAUUACGGGAGAAAGUCCAACGGGAAGAACAAACACAAGCUACUGCAGAUAAAAAAUAUACAGAAUUAGAAACCAGGUACAAAUGUACCGUAGAGGAAUUGAAACAAAUCAAAAACCAACAUCAUGAAAAACAAGCACGAAUCGAAGAGUUGGAAAAAAUCGCACGAAUUCUUACCAAUGACAAAACAAAACUUGAAAAAGAAGUUCAACAGCUCAAACUCGACAAUCAGACUCUACAAGAUCAACUGAAAGAAACGCCAGCCACUACCGCACCACCACAUAUAUCCAAUGAAAUACUUGAAUUAGUCGAAAAAGCGGUGGUUGAAAAUAGUGAAUUGAAAAAAUCAUUAAGCGAACGUGAUAGUAGUAUUCAAAGUCUGAACGAACAGUUAAGCAAAGUUCAAAGUGAAGAUCCUCAACUUGCCGAACAACGUCUCUUACAAAUGCUCGCAAAAUUAAAAGCUGAUUUUCGUAUCAUAUCGAAUUGCGUUGAUUGGUUCGUUGAAUGGGUUUUUUCUUUUCUUAUCGGUGAAUUUUUUAUCGACAUGUCAUCUUCAUCAUCACCUCACAAUCGACAAGAUAUCAAAUAUCGAGAGAUUUGUAUCGCAAAUAUCAAUAGAUACACUGAACCUAAUCGAUUGUUAGCAUACUUUGAGCAAUAUGGUCGAAUUGUACAUUAUAAUUAUACCUCACCGACAGGCGGCUAUGUUUUCGUCACGUAUGAAAAAUCACAGAUGGUCGAUAAUUGUAUAAGCAAUGGGCCGCAUUAUCUCGACGAGCGACAUUUGUACGUUAAACGUGCUCUACCUAUUGACGAUGAUCAUCCUCGUGAACGAUUUGAAACUACACGUGAUCUGAUGAUUGUGAUUGAUUCUGAUAAUAUGAUCUUCAAACAAGCCCACUUUUUACAGCAACUCCGAGAAUAUUUCUCGUCCUAUGGGCGAAUCUACGCUUGUAAAUAUCAACACGAAGCAAAUUUUGAUUAUAUUUUAGUUGAAUUUGCGGAUAAAGAUCCAGUCGAUCGGAUCAUUCUUGAUAAGCCACAUCAUUACAAUGAUCAUGAGCUUGAUGUGAUGAAAUAUAUUCAACCCAAUAUUGAAUUAAUGAAUAAAAAGUAUGUUCGCAAAAGCCGACAAUCAUCAACUGCCAAAGAUGCCAUUGAUGAUGAUAAUUAUGAGUCGAUCAAUUCGUCGACUAAUGCUUCUUCCAGAUCGACGUCGAAAACAAAAGAGCCAAUCAAUGAAGUAGAUCUUCAGAAUGAAGUCUUUCGUCUUCAAAGUGUUUUAAAAAGUCUGAACGAAGAAUUUGAUCUUAAGCAAAAACAAUUAGAAGAUACUUGCUGUCAACAAUUGAAGCAAUUGAGUGAAAAUGCGACGAAAACAAUGCGUCUACAACAAGAUCUCGAACAAGAAUGUGCGAGACUAUCAACUGAAUAUGAAACGUUGAAACAAGAGAACGAUCUGCUCAAUGAACAAUAUUUGACAGUCGAGUUGGAAAAUUUCGAAAUAACGUCUUAUUAUGAACAAAGUCUGAAUGAAGAAAAAGCGAAAACAGCUCGAUUAGAAGCUGAAUACGCUGAAAAAUUACAACUAUCAAAUGUUAAUCAAUCUCUUCCGUCAGCUUUGACAGAAAAAUCGUUCUCCACACCGGAGUCCAAGUAA